UUACUUGGACUUUUGUUAGAACAUAACCUUAAAACUCAUAACAAAGGUUAUCAUGUUGUCAUAACAUAAAUAUUUCACCUAUUCUGUCAAUGUAACUUUUUGUAUUCUUAUUUUAUAGUAUGGACGUGUUCUAUAAUUUCGAAAUUGAGGUCUUCAAUGUUUUGAUGCUGUUCAUCGUGUGUAUUAUCCGCUUUCUCUUCAGAUCUUGUUGACAGAAAUCAAAAAUAAAACUUUUUCUAAGUGUUCUAAAAUGUCUUGUGAAAGUUUAAUACAUUCUAAGAUCUGAAUAUAAAGGAAGCACAGAGGGUUGUCAUUGUUGGAUUUAUGCUAAAAGUAACGAGAAAAUCUUUGGGGUAUAUGAACCAAGAGCCGCUGUCCUGGUGAGCAGAAACCUGCUUACUUAGACCAUAUUUAUGUAACUUAAAGACAUUUAAUUAUUAUUUAUUCGAAAUCUUUAAAUAUAUUUGAAUUAAAAAUACAUACAUCUAUUAUGUUUAUAAAUUAAUGCAUUAAUAAUAUCUUUGGCUUUGUUGGAUCUGAAUAGUAACUUUGGUAUUUAAAAAUCUCAAUUAUAUUCUCCCUGCGAAAUUCCAUGUCCAGUAUGAACUUAUUCUUGAGGUUGCCAGUUUCGGGCAGAAUAUUUACUAGUAAAGGUUAGUGCACAACUACAGGUUUUCGAGCACAGCUUGGCCUUACGUGAAGGACACAUAUAUAAAUGAUUUUAAAAUCAUAGAUCAAUCCAAGAAUCAUGAAUAUAGUAAAAGCAUUCAUGCAUUUCAUUGCAUGGUAUAUGCAAAAAUGAAUGAACAAAAUUUCACGAUUCAAAGACCGAGAGGUUGUGCUCUGAUGCAAAUGAGAUUUGACGGCUACCUUGGCUUUCCUGGUGGUCUUGUAGAUCCAGGGGAAGAUGUCAUACAUGGAUUGAAUCGAGAGCUUGAAGAAGAAAUGAAUUUGGAUCUGAGCAAGCAUAAAGUCACUGAAAAAGAUUUCGUAUUCUCACAACACAGUAGUAGUAGGGAGUUGACAUUACAUUUUUAUGCUUUGGAAACUACUCUUCCCGAGUUGGAAAAAAUAGAAGCUGGAGUACAUCAAGCCAAGGACUAUGGAUCAGAGGUUUUGGGUUUGGUGAGAGUACCCCUCUACACGAUGCGAGAUGGCUUCAGAGGGUUUCCUGCGUUUCUCACUCAUGCGUUCAUUGGCAGUGCAAGAGAGCAGCUGCUUCACACCUUGCAGCAUUUGAAGAUAAUGACACCUCAGGAAAUUUCCAAUGCACUUUCAGCUAAGCCAACAAAAGCUGAAGAUCAAAUAGCAUCACUAUUUUGUAAAUUUAACAAGCAGAUUUUAAUUACAAGUAUCCUCGUUUUUUAUCAAAAUAAUCGAUGAAAUCGAUAAGAUAAUGUAAGACCAAAUUCAACUGAUGGCAUCAAGAGAAAUUAUUAUUGUAAAUUCCAAUGUAGGUAAUUCUUUACUUCAACCUUCUAUUAAUAUAGAACAGGGCUUCUCUCGUGUAAGCUCCAACUUAAUGAAUAAUUAUUAGGACUAUUCUGUCCUAGCAUUCAAUAGGAACUUAAAUAAAAACUAUUCUUAUCAUAGGAGAAAAAAA